GGUCCGGACUCCCGCCAGAAGCAGCAGCACAACGAGCAAAGUCGAGAGGGCCCUGUCUGGCCGCACACAGUUCAUCCGCAAUGGCAUCUUCCGGUCGAGUACCGCUGCUUCUUGCAGUCUUUAUCGUGACGCUCCUCUGCGCGUCCGCAGCAGCCGCCCUCGAGUUGCCCUUCAUCGGUCGGCUCCCGAUAAGCCGCCACGAGUCUGAUCGCUACGCCCCUGGGUUCACCCUCCGCCACAUCUUCAACCACGGCACCGAGUCCCACCCGCAGCUCCAUCGUCGUCGCGACUUCUCAGCACAGUACCGGCCAGAGGACGGGCCGGCGGCGUUUCAGGUGGCCUCGGUCCCGCGCACCGUCACCCGGAUGAAGCAGCGUGACCCAGAUACGAUGGAGUCGUAUCUGCACUACACCCGCACCCACGGCGCUGUCGCGGUUGAUUUCGACUGGGGUGAUGAUGAUAUCAUGGUGCCCGAUGUCACUGACCGCGACACUCUUAUCGAGUUUGCAAAGCUGACUGCCGACGCUUACGUCGACGGUCCGGAGGGCAACGACUGGAUUGAUUUGGGUAUUCCGUUCAAUGAGUCUGGUGGAUUUGGAUGGGACUCGAACGGGCUGCGCGGCCACAUCUUUGUCGACGAGUCCAACUCGACGGUGAUCAUCGCAAUCAAGGGCACCAGCGCCGCCCUUUUCCACAGCGACGGUGAUACUGUUUCUAGCGACAAAGUUAACGACAAUCUGCUGUUCUCGUGCUGCUGCGCUCGUAUAAGCUACAUGUGGAGCACAGUAUGUGACUGCUACUCAAAGUCCUACACUUGCAACCAGUCCUGCCUGGAAAAGUCGCUUUAUGCCGAAGACAAGUACUACCGUGCAGCGCUGGACAUUUACAGAAACGUCACUUCGCUGUACCCGACUGCCAAUAUUUGGGUCGCUGGCCAUUCGCUCGGUGGCGCUAUGUCGGCUCUGCUUGGCCGCACAUAUGGCUUACCCACAAUCGCCUUUGAGGCACCCGGCGAGAAGCUCGCCGCAGAGCGUCUUCACCUGCCGUUUCCUCCCAUACCUCCAGAGCAGAGCACUGUCUGGCAUAUCGGCAACACUGCUGAUCCCAUUUACAUGGGUGUCUGCAAUGGUCCAACCUCGGUUUGCUGGCUCGGUGGGUAUGCGAUGGAAACCUCCUGCCACGCUGGCUUGGAGUGCACAUAUGACACAGUCGGUGAGCGACGGUGGCAUAUUUCAAUCUCGAACCAUCGUAUACGGCCUAUCAUCGACAUGAUGAUGUCGUAUAACACUACACCGACCUGCGUUGUGCCUCAAAACUGCCAGGACUGUUAUGACUGGAGUUUUGAGUAGACACUUCCUACUUGUUAUAAUAUUUCUUUUCUUUUUUAUAUGGGGUGCAUAUUUUAUUUUACUUUUGUGGUAGGAGGCUGUGGGAUUGCAGAUGAAGGGUGUUUAUAUAGCGGGUGUUUUGGGGCGGGUUGCAUUGAAGCUGUCUGUUUAUGUGGUACUGACUUGUAUGAUGAUUUGCUUCAUAUACUCUUGAUAUUUAUCUUGUCUUUUCUUAUUGUGUAUCUAUUUUUGCGGAAGACUGGGUUCUGCUCGUGCUUGGUUUGGAGCCGGAUAUUGCGUUCGGACCAGGUUGAAUUGAGGAUAUGUUUUGUUGAGACUAACAUCUUGACUGGCAUAUUCUUGUUUGGUCAUGCUUUUGUAUGAUUGUCAUCAAUUUAUUACUUCACAAC